AUGGCAGACCCCAAAUCCCCACACAUCAAGAACCGCGACACCCCACCAUGGGGCCUCUAUCAGCGGGAGAACUUUUGGAAAUUGAACGAUGGCGAGGUUCCAUUGUUCAAUACUCAUCCGGACGAACUUGAGAAGCUCGCAAAGAAGAAACUUACACAAAACGGCUGGUACUACGCAUCUUCAAACGCAGGACUUUCCCACACGCACCAGGCAAACCGCCAGGCCUUCUUCCGCCACAAGAUCGUGCCCCGUCAGCUGGUAGACACCAACGAGCGCUCUACCCGCACCACCAUCUUCGGCCACGAGGUCUCUGCACCGUUCGGCAUCGCCCCGAUCGGUAUCAACAAGAUCUACCACCCGCAAGGCGAGCUUCCCGUCGCAAAAGUGGCCGGAGAGCUGGGUAUCCCUUACAGUCUGUCGACGGCAGGGUCGUACCCCAUCGAGGACGUCGGCCGUGCCAACGACGCGGGUCGUGAGUCUACGAAGAUCGACGCUCAGUCGGCGGACAAAUCCAAGAUCCCGCCCGGGCCGCGUUUCUUCCAGCUUUACAUGCCCCACGACGACGAGCUUACGAUCUCGCUGCUGAAGAGGGCCCACGACAGCGGGUUCACGGCGUGCAUGCUCACCACGGACACGUGGCAGCUGGGCUGGCGACACGACGACGUCGCGACGUCGAAUUACGCUUUUUACCGCGGCAUCGGCGCGGACCUGGGGCUCACCGACCCCGUGUUCCAGAAACGUCUCGCCGAAAACGGGAUCGACCCGCAGAGGCAGCCCGAGCAGGCCGCCGCGAUGUGGAUCGAUAGCGUCUGGCAUGGGCGCGCGUGGGACUGGGAGAAGGCUGCGUGGGCGCGGGAGAGGUGGCAGGAGAUCAGCGGGGGCAAGCCGUUCCUGAUCAAGGGUAUCCAGCGGGUUGACGACGCGGAAAAGGCGGCGGAUCUGGGGUUCGAGGGCAUCGUUGUCAGCAACCAUGCGGGACGGCAGGUGGACGGGGCCAUCGGCAGUCUCGAUGCGUUGGAGAAGAUUGCGGAGAAGGUGGGCGACCGGAUAGUGGUGACGUUCGACAGUGGAGUGAGGGGCGCGGCGGACAUUGUCAAGGCGCUUGCUUUGGGGGCCAAGUUUGUCUUUGUUGGACGGCUUUGGAUCUGGGGGCUGAGUAUCAUGGGCGAACAUGGGGUCCGGCAUGUGCUCCGGGGCUUGUUGGCUGACUUGGACAUUCUUAUGAAUGUGGCGGGUAUCCAAAAGGUUGGGGAUAUCAACAAGGACUUGUUAGAAUCAUUGCCCAAAUCCUACACGCUCAUCUCUGAGAAGAGUAAGCUGUAA